AUGGGGUGGUCUAAAUCGACGCGCAUCAAGGUGAUGCUCGUCCUCGACACCGUCUUUUUCUUGCUCGAGCUGGGCGUUGGGUUUGCCGUGCAUUCCCUGGCAUUGAUGGCAGAUGCCUUCCACAUGCUUAACGAUAUCAUUUCCUUACUCGUUGGCCUUUGGGCGGUCUCUGUGGCGAGCAAGGCCACCACAGACAAGUUUUCUUAUGGCUGGCUCCGCGCCGAGAUUUUGGGUGCCUUCUUCAACGCCGUAUUCCUCAUCGCCCUGUGCGUAUCCAUCGUGCUCGAAGCACUCACCCGAUUCAUCGAUCCUCCAGAAAUCGGGAACGCACAGCUCAUCCUGGUUGUCGGCUGCUUGGGGCUCGCAUCAAACCUGGCCGGGUUCGUUAUAUUAGGGGGGCAUGGGCAUUCACAUGGACCGGGGGAACACGGGCACGGCGAGGAGGAGCAUAGUCAUGAUCACGGGCACUCGCAUGCCCAUGGCGCUGACCGGGCUGCCGAAGAAGGACGCGCUGGUAACUUAGCCGACCAGGAUUUCGCCGACGACGAGGGCGGACCCGACAUUUUCCCCGAGGCGGCUGUCGCGAGAUACGGAGCGUCGGGAUCCGAGGGGAUCAGCCGUAGAGAACGGCGGGCACAGGGAGCCACACGGCACGGCCGCCUCACGAGCAUCGGCGACAUGAGUAUCCAUCCCGCCAGUUUCCGGCAGGAGAUCAUCGCUGCCAGCCGCCCCCAACCAGACGACGAAUCGAGCGGUGACAGCAACAGUGAAGACGAGACGGCUGUCGUGGAGGAUACGGAUCUACGGGAGGAUACUCCCUUGCUUAAGAACAACGGCGCGGCACAGUCUAGCCGCAGCCCAAAAUCGCCUGCGAGACGGGCACGGCGGGGGUCGGAAAUUCACCACUCACAUAACCAUAAUAAACCGAAGAAAUCGGGAAAGAAACACGGCCACAGCCACGGCGACAUGGGUAUGAACGCCAUGGUGCUGCACGUCUUGGGCGACGCGCUCGGCAACGUCGGGGUCAUCAUCACAGCCCUCGUCAUCUGGCUGACGGACUGGCCGGGUCGCUACUACGCCGACCCGGCGGUGUCCCUCUUUAUCACGCUCAUCAUUCUGCGCUCCUGCAUCCCGCUCACCAUCGCAGCGUCUAAGAUCCUGUUGCAGGCCACGCCCGAGCAUAUCGACCUGAACGACGUGCGCGAGGACAUCCAGGCGUUGCCGGGCGUCAUCAGCUGCCACCACGUGCACAUCUGGCAGCUCUCUGACACCAAGGUAGUCGCUUCGAUGCAUAUUCAGGUCGCUUUCCCCAUCUCGGAGGCCGGUGGCGAGAAGUACAUGGAGCUGUCCAUGAUGGCGCGCAAAUGUCUGCACGCGUACGGCAUCCACAGCGCCACCAUCCAGCCCGAAUUCUGCCUCGACCGCGCCCAUGCCCACGCCCGGGAACUGGACUCUGCCAUGCGCAUGGACGGGGCGUCGGCCUCGUCGCCGGCACUCCCCUCGACCGCUGCGCAAGCGUCGAGGUGUGGUAGUGUCGUGGAGGGCGCGUGUCUGCUGGACUGUGUGGAUGAUUGUGUCGGCCGCGGUUGCUGCUCCCCGAGCCACUCCCGGCCGGAGAGCAGUCACUCUGCCGAGGGGCAUGGGCAUGACCACGAGCACUAA